AUGGGCUUUGAUGGAACUUCCGUGACGGAUCAAGUCAAGGUCCUCAUUGAGAAGUAUCACGUCGGCUCAAUUCUGCUCAAGGCUCAAAAUUUAAAAUCUGCGGAACAAACGACUAAACUCGUGCUGGAGCUCCAGACUAUAGCACGUCAGGCUGGCCACCCCGUUCCGUUGCUGAUUGCACUGGAUCAGGAGAAUGGCGGUGUUAAUAGUCUUUACGACGAUGUUUACAUCCGUCAAUUUCCGAGUGCCAUGGGCAUGGCAGCCACGGGGUCCAAGAAGCUGGCCAAAGAUAUUGCAAGAGCUACGGCGCAAGAGCUCAACUCUUGUGGUAUCAACUGGAUAUUAGGACCUGUCUUGGAUGUUCUUACAAAUGCAAGAAAUCAACCUCUUGGCGUCCGAUCAAUUGGCGACGAUCCGAAUGAAGUUUCGGCGUAUGGAGUCGAAUGCAUGAAGGGCUAUCAGGAAGGAGGUGUUGCUACCUGUGGUAAACACUUCCCUUCGUAUGGUAAUCUAGAAUUCUUCGGCGUGCCCGACGAUGUGCCCACCAUCACGGACUCAUUGGAAAACUUGAGUCAAAGUGCUUUGGUACCCUUCCGUACAGCAAUAACACAAGGCUUGGAUUCAAUGAUGGUAGGUGGUGUAGCUAUGGCAACCUCACAGGUCAACGUGAUGCAUGCCUGUCUGUCAGAACAGAUUGUUCGAGACCUGUUGCGGAACGAAAUGUGUUUUGACGGAGUGGUGGUCUCAGAAUGUCUCGAGAUGGAAGCUCUCAGCAGAAAUAUUGGGAUCAGCGGCGGUACGGUCAUGGCUUUUAAAGCUGGCUGCGAUUUGAUCCUUACUUGUCGAACAUUAUCAGUCCAAGAAGAUGCGAUCAACGGUUUGAAAGCUGGAUUGGACAAUGGAAUGAUUGAAAGGUUUCGUGUCCAAGAGUCAGUUCAGCGAAUACUCAGUCUAAAAUCGCGAUAUACUACCUGGGAAAAGGCAUUCUCGCCUCCUGGGAUCGAAAGUCUUUCACUAAUGCAACCACUACACACCAAACUUUCGAAUGCUGCUUACAGCCAAUCCAUCAGCGUGGUUCGCGACCAAAAUCACUAUCUACCCUUGUCUAGAGCAAUAAAAGCAGAAGACGAACUACUUCUCUUGACUCCAUUGGUCAAGCCACUACCUGCCUCGGCACUUUUUCAUCACAUGCAAACCGAUUUUUCUACAGCGCCGACUUAUGGACGCAGCCCUAGCUUCGAUGCAAAUGCCUCGAUCAUGAGCGGGGAGCAAGUCUUUCGAAAUCUUGGAAGGGCGCUAGCAAGCUAUAGAAACGGGAAGAUUGCUCAUACAUCAUACACUGCAAAUGGAGUUCGUCCUCUCCAUGAGAACCUUUUGAAUCGAGCUCAGGGUGUGGUCGUCAUCACAGCAGAUGCGGGUCGGAACAUGUAUCAAAAUGCAUUUGCAAAGCAUGUUUCAAUGUUAUGCAAGUUGUCGACGGGACCAAACGGCAAGCCGAAGGAGAAACCGUGUGUGGUCGUAGCAGUCAGUUCUCCGUUCGACUUUGCAACCGAUCUGUCAAUUGGCACGUACAUCUGCACAUAUGAUUUUACGGAGACGGCUCUCCAAACUCUGGUUCGCGUUCUUUACGGUGAGAUUUCUCCAACAGGAAUUCUGCCAGGCUCAUUUAGCCAGAGACCUCAGACCAACCAGGCAAGACAACAGUGGCUGGUGGAGAGCUUUGCUGAAGAACGUGAUCGCAAAGCUCUCGACAUGUUGCUUGAGCAAUGCCGCGAUGAGCCUUCUGUUCAUGCUAGUCUACUACGAAAUACGACGACAAAGACCUUCUUACUACGGGACCCGGAGGUGGAGGAGGCACACUUCGUGGUCAGGAACAGCAGUACGAAAGAGCUGUUUGGAUUCUGUACAACAUACUACUUCAAGAGUAGUGGUAUCGGACACAUUGGGGCCAUCAUUGUCGACCCGGCUCGUAGACGUUUGUCGAUUGGGCAUUCCUUACACGACCGCGCCGUAAGAGCGCUGCUCCAGAAACAAGGGAUCACCAAAUUCCAGCUUGGAGUGAGAUAUCCAAAUGUGUAUCUCGGUAUACCCAAGCUUGACCUGGUCGAUUCAAAGAGGCUGCGUCUGUGGUUUGCGAAGCUUGGCUGGAAUGUUUCUCUGUCAAGCUCGGUGACGACAAUGACCAUCAGGGAUAUGGCGAACUGGUCUGCGCCGGAAGGACUGGGGCAAUCCUUGACGGUGAACGAAGUCAAAUACGAUUUAGUCCAUGGCCCGGAUUAUCUGGAUGGAAUAAUAGACCAUCUCACACGAUCUGCACGACUUGAUGUUCAGGGGAUCUAUCGAGCCGCCGCGGCGUCCAAGGAACAGGCCGGGAUCAUCCGUGCCAAAAGAGUUAGCGAUCAAGUCGUGCUAGCGACUGUUUUGGUUCUGAAACCCGAGUUCCAAAAAUCCGAACAUAUAGCGUCAUGGAACAAGUCACUCGGCAUGGGGUGCAUUUCAGCGCCUGUCAUCUCAACUAUUUUCAGUGAUAGGAUGACCCUCUAUCAAGGCAUCCUCCUGUUGGCUUUACGAUAUUUCAAGAAGCAAUCAGCACGAUCUGUCAUCCUCGACUAUGCCCGCGAAGAUUUUACAAUUGAUGGGCUCAAAUUACUCGGCCUCAGUAGUGCUAACAGCUUUGACGAAGUAACAAGUGAUCCUGUUCAUUGGACCAUGAUGACACCAGCUUGA